ACAAUCUUGAUGUAACAAUUAUAUUAGAUCUAACCUAUCCCCAUCUUCAUCUUUCUUAUUCUUAUAUCACAAAUUUUCAAAUAAUUUUGCCUAACUUAAUGGACAGAUUGGUUAAGGCAGAUGUGAAAGAGGUGAACCUAGUCUUUACCAGAGGCCAGAAAUGUUGUACAACUUUCGUGUUAACGAAUUUGAUGCAUACUAUGCCAGUUGCGGUUUCUCUAAACACUACAAACCCAACGGUCCUCUCAUUUACCCAAUCUUUCUCAAUAAUCCCUCCUCUUGCUACUGCGUCUUUUACGUUGAUAUUAUCUAAACCGUCUGAUCAUCCUCCAAUAUCUACCCCACCAGACAACGUUCUGGUUCGUUCAUCCAUGCUGCCCACUGGAAAAGCGAAUCAGGAUGAUCUAAAACGUAUAUUUUCUAGACCCGGGCCACAUAUUUUUAAAGAUGUAACCGUCCCUAUAUCUUUUGUUGGGCCUCAUGUAAUUGAAUUCUUGACUUCUUCUUCACUUUCCAAGACCCUUGAAAUCGCGUUUAUUUUGUCAAAUGCGAUUUCAUGGUGUGAUGAAUCUCAGCUGUCUAGUUUGUUGAGGCCUGCAGCUAUGAGUGGAAACAGUUAUGUUGUUUCGUCUUUGCUUGAUUCUGGUGCUACUGUAAAUAAAAUUGAUCCUGAUAGUGAAUCUGUACUCUCUUUGGCUAUUAAAUCUGGAGAUAUUGAUACUGUUCGGAUUUUGGUUGAAUCAAGUUAUGUGGUUGAUCAUGAAAAUGACCUGUUGUUGCACGCUGCAGCUUCUAUGAACCGGGUGGAUAUAAUGGAAGUUUUGUGCAUGGGCUAUUUAGAUCUAGAUAUGAAUUCAGUUGACUCUAAAGGUCAAACACCUCUUCAUGUGGCUGCAACUCAUGGUUAUGUUGAAGUACUCGAGUUCUUGAUUACAUUAGGAUGUGACCCUGAUUUAGCCGAUCAAAAUGGCUGGACUGCAAUCCAUUGUGCUUCUGCCAAAGGGCAUAUAGAAGCCGUUGAGUGCCUGCUAAAUUCGUGCAAGUAUGCAAAAUAUGCAGUAAAUAAGGAAGGAAAAUCUGCCUAUUCUCUAGCAGUUGAGAACGGGCAUACAGGUUUAUACGAUAUGUUAUAUUUGAGUGAUGUUCUGCAUACAUUUGCAAGAAAAGGGGACGUGGAAGAAAUGAAAAAGUGUUUAGCAGAAGGUGCGAAAGUGAAUGGAAAGGAUCAAAAUGGUUGGACACCUCUGCAUAGAGCUGCGUUUAAGGGUCAUAUUGAUUGUGUCAAGCUUUUGCUAAAUCAUGGUGCGCGGGUUGAUCUGGUGGAUGGUAGUGGCUACACGGCUCUGCAUCGUGCAGUAGAUGCAGGGAAUGCACAGGUCGCGAUGGUACUAAUAGGUCAUGGUGCAAAAGCAAAUAUGAAGUCUUUUGUGGUUCCUUUUGAGUUUGAUUCGGUUAAGAAGUACUCUCCUGUUGCAACUCCUAUUCGUCACAAGACACAAAGAGCAUAGAUUUUACACAAAUGUAUGAUCCAUGUAUAGUUUAGAGUUAUGUCACGUAUAAUUUUACAUGGUUAGUGAAAUAGAUUAUCGUCCAUAAUCAAUAGGACCGUUUGGACCUUUUUUUUUUCCAAUGAACUUGUAUAUUGCAAACCGCAAAGUCAUAUUGGUUACGAAAAAUCUUGCAGUAUCAGUUUAAUUGUUUGGAGGCCCAA